CUCAAAUUCCAUUCUGCAUCAUGGAGGGCGAAUUUAUAUCAUUUCACGAAGUUCGGGGGGCCAAUUUGAACCUUUUCCCAAAUUUAAAAGUAAUAGUGGAUCUUUUAUAGUUUUAGAAAUUUUAAAAUCUUGUGUAAAUUUUUGGUAAUUAUAAUCCAAAAUCCCAAACCAUUUAAUUACCGAAGACUCAAAAAGUCCUUUUCUUUGUUCAAUACUUGAGGGUCUCUACUUGUUUGGUGGCAGAUUAUAGUCACAGUUAUGUCUGGCCUAAAAAAAUUAGCUUCUAUUCGUACAUUUUCCUCUAUAUCUGGACUGAUCUGUAGCAAAAUUUACACAAGUAAAGUUGAAAAUUUGUUAGCCCCAAGACACGUGUCAGCAAAUGCUUCUUCCAAUUGUUUUUCUACAGGACAAAGAGCUUCAAAAUAUAGCUCUACUGAGCCAGGUACCACAGUGCACCUCAAAUGUGCUUUGGAUUCAAGACUUGAGAAUGGUUGUGUGGAUGACCAACAAGAUUAUCGCAGAUGGGGCAAUGGUGGUGGGACUUUUCACAAGUCGGCUAGCAUUGAUCGCUCGGCCUUUGUAGAAAUUGGUGCUGUAGUACAUUCAGAAUGUGCAGUAGGUGCAGACUGUCACAUUGGCUCUGGAGCAAUCAUUGGACCUACUGUCACAAUAGGUCAAUCGACGAAAAUAGGGUACAUCAUUUUGUCUAUCUUGAAGGCAGUUGUUAUUUGGCUUCAUUUUGAUGGGAUAUCUCUAGUAGUUAUCUUCAGCUACAAUGCUGCAUUGGCUAAUUGCAUGAUUGGUAACUUUUGCGUUAUCCACAGCGGGGUCUGCAUUGGUCAAGAUGGUUUUGGAUUUUUCGUAGAUGAGCAAGGAAAUAUGGUGAAAAAGCCUCAAACCCUGAAGGUGAGAAUAGAUAACCAUGUAGAAAUAGGUGCAAAUAUAUGUAUCGAUAGGGGCAGUUGGAGGGAUACAUUAGUUGGAGAACAUACGAAGAUAGAUAAUUUGGUUCAGAUAGGUCACAAUGUAGUGAUUGGGAGAAGCUGUCUCAUUUGUGGACAAGUCGGUGUUGCGGGUUCAGUGACUAUAGGUGACUACGUAACUUUAGGAGGAAGAGCUGGGAUCCGUGAUCAUGUAAACAUUGCCUCAAAGGUCAGGUUAGCAGCUAAUAGCUGUGUCACCAAGGAUAUUAGUGAGCCUGGAGAUUAUGGUGGCUUUCCUGCUAUUCCUAUACGUGACUGGCGAAGACAAAUUGCUACACAUCGUCGAACCUUGAAGUAAGAGUUCUGUUCGAAUGCUAACACUAUACAGAAACUCAGGAUUUGAACAAUUUAUGCAACACUAUGCAUGAAAUUUGACGUACACCCGGGGGACCAUCUCAGGAACUGCUGAUUACAUAUCACUUGUAUUCUUUCGCUCCUAUUUAAUGCUGAGCAUUACGUCGUCUUGGACUUAGCUUAAAACACGACUGUGUACAUGAAAUUGUUGUUCCUCUUGCCUUUUAUAACAUUACAUGCUCUUUUGAAAGCAAAACUAUGUUUAAAAAAGUUUAUUAUGCCUU